UGCAUGAAGGACUUGGACCAUACGUCAUACUUGCAUGAAGGAUUCCGGGGGUUUUGUGCAGAUAUGUCACCCGUGAAUUAACUUUUCAUCGACGAAACCCUCCCGAAUAGCGCGCUCCGAACCAUGUAUGUGGGCUACCUCCUGGAUAAAGAGACCGGCAUGUAUCACCAGGGCCCAGUGAGAAGAUCCAGCAUCAAUCUGCCCCCACAGAACUUCGUCUCCACGCCCCAGUACGCGGACUUUAGCGGAUACCAUCAUGUCCCCAACAUGGACUCCCACGCCCAGUCCGCGGGGACUUGGGGGCCCUCGUCGUACGCGGCCCCCCGGGAGGACUGGGGCGCCUACAGCCUGGGACCCCCGAACGCGAUCCCCACGCCCAUGAGCAACAACUCGUCCCCCGCACAGGUGCCCUACUGCUCGCCCGAGUACACCCACAUGCACCCGCCCGCCUCCGCGGGGCUGCAGCCGCCGCCGCCGGACAACGUCAGCGGGACGCAGCUGUCGCCCGACCGGGAGAGACGCAACUCGUACCAGUGGAUGAGUAAAACGGCGCAGUCGUCUUCCACGGGCAAGACGAGGACGAAGGAGAAAUACCGGGUGGUCUACACCGACCACCAGAGGCUGGAGCUGGAGAAGGAGUUUCACUUCAACAAAUACAUCACCAUCAGGAGGAAAGCUGAGCUGGCCGUCAACCUGGGCCUCUCGGAGAGACAGGUGAAGAUCUGGUUCCAGAACCGCCGGGCCAAAGAGAGGAAGCUGAUCAAGAAGAAGAUGGGCCAGUCGGACGGCAGCGGAGGUUCUGUGCACAGCGACCCCGGCUCGGUGAGCCCCCUGGCGAUGCCGGGUUCGCUGAGUCCCACGGACAUCCACGGCGGCCUGUACCCUACCCCGCAGGGCAUGAACACGUUGCCCUCCAUCAGGAACAUACAGCCGGUGACCGUGACUCAGUGAUGGCAAGAGUUCACCUUGGCGGACCCACGGAACCAAACGGAGCACUCCGACACGCUGCAGGACCAGUCGACGGGUGGGGUGCGCCCACUCCGGACCCCCCCUGCACACUCCCUCACGGCAGCUACCACUUGCCAUCGAC